AUGGAGGACGACAAGGACGAGGAUGAGGACGAGAAAAUUAUUCAAGAUAGCCCAGAGGACUAUCACAGCAACACUGGUGCCUUGAUAAUAGGCAACCCUAAGGUUAAUUGGCUGCCGCCAUUGCCAGGUGCAAGAAAGGAAGCGGAGAUGGUCGGACGACUGGUGGGUGUUCCGCCUAUGGCCAUGAAGUGGAUGAGAAAAACCGGCUUUAGAGUGUCUGAAUGGGCUUCGUUUACGCUGAUUGGAGAUGAUGUGAGAUUCGAGUUUGACAAGCAGAGAGAAAGAGACCCCGGCAGACCAUCGAUCAAUUCAGGAUAUUUACACUGGAAUGAUUUUGUUACAUUCGAUGAUCUUCUAUUUCGUUUUCUUCUCGACCUCAUUUUUCUGAUCUCGGACACCAGGGGAGUGGAUCAGCGACGCUUCAGAGUGUUGGACGUGGAUGCAAAAGGCAAUCUAUAUCUUUACAAGACGGCGUUGCUCUGCAAGAACGAAAUUAUCAAACGAUUGAGAAAUGGGACGUACAGUUUGGCAGAGCAAACGGAACUAGGAUUGUCCAAAGACUUAGCAGUGCUGAACUGUAAGGUGCUCAAAGAGAAGUCCCCUUACGCCGUGUCAGGCGUCUAUUGGAUAGAUCCUGAUGGCGGUUCCCGUAGUAACGCUUUCCAGGUCUACUGCGACCAGCAAACAGACGGAGGGGGCUGGACGCUAGUUUACAGUUACACUUUCACUGCCUACUCAAGCUUCUGUACCGGCCGGAACGCUGUCACCCCGCGCCCAUCUUGGUCAGCUAGCGACGCUAACGUUCGAGUGUCUAAAACAGUUCCACUGAGCGAGACGCAGUAUGAGGCCAUGGACUUUUCUUUGUGGCGCAGCAUUGGCAAGGAAUUCCUGAUCAAGAGCAACAUCAACAACUGGAUCGCAUGCAAGGAAGGUUCUGGUAGCAUAGUGACACAGAAGAAGGGGUCACUUUCUUGUAAACUGGUGAAGCAGGUUUCUAAUCAGUGCACUGGAACGGUACCAAAAUCUAUGAGUCUUCCCAGUCGCGGACCUCUCCUCAAUGCUGGAAGUGCUUAUUACUACUUUGAUGGAGACACAAGGAUUAACUCACCAACUCAUGAUCCUUGUGGUAAAAAUCGACCAAACCAGUUGAGAAACGUGCCAAACCCACAUGGAAACAUUUUUGUGCGCUGA